AUGACUCCUCCACCCUUGUCGACUUCUUUAACCACUCUCCUCAACAUUCAGCACCCUAUCAUGCUAGCUGGCAUGGAUCAAGUCGCAGGGCCUGAACUUGCAGCAGCUGUGACCAAUGCUGGUGGAUUCGGUACCUUAGGUGGAGCGCGGUACACGCCGAAGAUGCUGCGCGAGAUGAUUGCAGAGAUGAAAGGCUUGCUGAAUGACAAGAAUGCCCCAUUCGGAGUAGACUUGCUACUACCACAAGUUGGCGGAAGCGCGAGGAAGACAAAUUACGAUUACACGAAAGGAAACUUGGCCGAGCUAUUAGAUAUUGUGAUUGAGAGUGGAGCGAAGCUCUUCGUGUCAGCCGUGGGCGUGCCUCCACACUGGGCAAUCGAGAAGUUACACAAGGCUGGAGUGUUGUAUGGCAACAUGAUCGGUCAUCCAAAGCAUGUUCACAAAGCCUGCCGUGCAGGUGCAGACAUCAUCAUUGCGCAAGGUGGCGAGGCAGGCGGGCACACUGGCGACAUAGCCACCAGUGUGCUAAUACCCGCCUGCGCCGACAUCUGCAGAGAAUACAUCUCCCCACUGACCUCCAAACCCGUGACCCUCGUCGCAGCAGGUGGGAUUAACGAUGGUCGGAGCGUUGCUGCGGCCCUCAUGCUCGGAGCGAGUGGAGUCUGGAUCGGCACACGCUUCAUCGUCUCAAAGGAGAGCAAGGCACCCCAGAUCUUCAAAGACCAGGUCAUCGCUGCGGAUUACGAUAGUUGGGUCAAGUUGACCGUUUGGAGUGGGAGGCCGCUAAGAGCGCUGAGGAACCCGUGGCUGACGGACUGGGAGGUCAAUCGCCAGCAGGAGAUCAAAGAACUUAUGGACAAGGGGAUCGUGCCGGUGGAUUUUGAGUUGGAUCGGUUGCACAAGGAGGGCAAGUUGACGGACGAGAUUGAGGAUGCCGCGGCGUUGAGGCAAGUGAUCGCGCGGUCUCCAUUAUGUUUACUUUGA